UGUAGCACACCGGGCUGCCAGAGCUGACUGACAGCAGCAACCCAUAUAUUCCGCAGAGAGCAACAGGUACCGGACACUCGCCUGACAGUGACCGUACAGCAGCCGCUCACACCGCAGCCCCUGACACCGCCAGCGCUCCGCUGCGUACAUGAGUGCCCUGUCCAUGAGCCUGGAGCCCCGCUGCGUGUCUCCAUAUGCCGCCGCCUGGUGCAUGGAGCCCACCAACUUCUAUGAGCAGAGACUAAGCGGGUCCCCGGUGCCCUGCAAGCCGCGGGCGAUGUGCGAGGAGACGGAACCCCCUGUGGGCAGCAGCACCCUGGCCGAGCUCAGCGCAGCCCCGGCCAUGUACGACGACGAGAGCGCCAUAGACUUCAGCUCCUACAUUGACUCUAUGACCUCGGUGCCGAACCUGGAGCUCUGCAACGACGAGCUGUUCGCGGACCUGUUCAACAGCAACCACAAGGGCGCCAGCGGCGGGGAGCACCGGGCGGAGUGCGGGGCGGACUACCUGAGCGGGCUGCUGGCAUCGCAGUGCCACCAGGGCAGUGCCAAGGCGCAGCUGAAGCAGGAGCCCGAGUGGAGCGAUAGUGACAUCUCGUCCUCCCUGCCCUGCCAGAUCGCCACCUGCGCUCAGACCAGCAUGUGCCUGCAGCCCACCCCGCCCACCUCCCCGGAGCCCUGCAGCUCCAGCGGCGCCAGCUCCGCUUGCCCGUCCCCCUCCAGCACCGUGGGCACCUCCUGCGGCAAGGACCGGAGUAGCAAGAAGAACGUGGACCGCUUCAGCCCGGAGUACCGCCAGCGAAGGGAGCGCAACAACAUCGCCGUGCGAAAAAGCCGGGACAAGGCGAAGCAGCGCAACCAGGACAUGCAGCAGAAGCUGCUGGAGCUCUCCUCGGAGAACGAGAAGCUGCACAAGAGGAUCGAUCUGCUGACACGGGACUUGUCUAACCUCAGGCACUAUUUCAAGCAGCUGCCUCCCACAGCCACACAGGGCACCUUCCUGCCCAGCCUGGGGAGCAUAGACUGCCGGUAACCCGCAGCCCAAGGACUAGAACGAUAACCCAAUACCUCAGUCCAUCAUAAGGGGGGUCCUCUGAGAGGGGAGGGCUGCACCCUGCACCACCCACGUUCUGCUGGGACAUUGUUGUAUUUGCCCUCGAAAAAGACUGAGCCACAGUUUCUAAGACUUUUAUAAAUAUAUUAAUAUUAUUAUUAUUAUAGUGCAAUAAGGAUAAAAGCUGUGUCGCCAAUAUCAUGCACAAGGAACUGGUGUCUGACAACCCAUUGUGUGCCAGAAAGGUGACAAGUGUUGCUGCCUUGCUGUCCCCUCUGGCACUCAAGGUGUCAAUCAUGUUGGAUUGUAAAGUGCCAAAGAGUUGAGUUGCCAUCAGCUAUUAUCAUUAAAUAUGCAGUAUACUUGUGGCAGCAUGUGCCUUGUACUGCACUUUUAAUAUUAAAGACAUGAUGGAUGUGAAGCAACUUGACCUGCCUUAUACACCACAGGCUACAGCCUCACAUAAGGGAUCCAUGUGUACAAAGCGCAUGGUGGGAGGCGCAGACUGUAGAGCUAAACGCUAAUUUUGUAAACACUUUAGAGCUAAGGAAAUGCAAAACUUCUUAUGCCUGCAAAAUGGACAUCUUGUGUUACACCAUUGUGUAAUCACCACCCAUCUCACCAGUGCCUUUGGCUUUUCUAGUCAUUUUAACUAGUUCUUUACAAGUUAAUAACCAAGAUAUUGGCUUUCUGUUUCUCAUGUGUUGUCCUGCUAGUGCCCAUUCACAAUGGCAGAAGCAUUUGAUAUGUUCUGUUAGUGCCUUGCUUGCCUAAAGCAGCCUGUAGCUGGAAGUACUGUAUGGGGAGGCACAUCUGGGCAGUGCCAAACAGAAAUUGUGCUGGUCUUCAGUUUCGUUUUUGAAUGUGUAGCCAAAUAUUAGUGCUACCCCUGGAAAUAUAGAACUAUAAAUAUAUAUUAUUUUUCUUCUCCACAACAAAUAUAAAACAAAGCUAAAACAUUUCCCCUUCCUUAAAUUAUUUUUGUAAUGUUAGUUUUCUAUACCCUUAUUGAUGCAGCUAUGGUACAUUUUUGGUAAAUGAUUUGAGAGAGAAAUACUUUGUAUUGUAGAUAUUAGGGAAAGAAAAUGAGCAUGCUCAACCUUUUUAUAUGAUCAUUUUUACAGCAUUUUUAAUAAUAAUAAAAACAAAACAUACCAAUA